CGGCGACUCAGUUGCUGUGUUCCGUAGGAAUGCGAGCGAACUACGAGUGACGGCCGAGUCUCGCUAUGCGGGCGGCGCUCCGGACGCUUCUGUGAUCCGAUACGAAGUUUUUUUGAAUGUGAUCGAAGGUGAAACAAUGUCGCAGCCUCAGCGGGUUGUGCAGUUGUCCGCAGCGUCACUGGCGCUGGUCUUGGGCCGGAGCGGUCGGCGCGCUGGAGGCGCUGUCGAGGCGCAAGGCACUCACGUCCGGAGUGGACAGGACAUCUUCGAAGACUUUCAGGCGCAAAACCUGCGCAGCUUCUGGAACAAAAGGCUUGUCAAAGCGGUAGCGGCUGUGAGCUUCCAGGGAUGGCUUGAGAAUCUGGUGCUUUUGGUGCAGGGAGCCGCGGACCAUGUGGAAGUGCUGCGGGAUGCAUGGAUGCGCCGGGCGCUGAGAUCUCCGACGGGCUUCGUCAUUAGAGCCGUGGGUGACUUAAGCCCUGUACAGAUGAGCCCCAUAACACAGUCCCAGUUCAUUCCUCUGUCAGAGGUGCUGUGCUCCGUCAUUUCGGACAUGAAUGACGUCCGCGUCACCGUCACCCAAGAGGCUUUGCUCAGCCACAUGGCCAGAGCCCACCCAGGCAUGGCCGUCCCGGGGCCGGACAUCCUGCACAGCGCGUUGGGCUCCCUGAUCAAGGACAGGAAGAUUUACCACACAGGGGAGGGCUACUUCAUCGUGACCCCGCAGACAUACUUCAUCACCCACCAGCGGUGCCGGCCCUCCGAGGAAGAUGACCCGCCGUCCCCCCCUCCAGUCACCUACCUGCUGAGCACCGAGAGCUGCAUGGAAGCGGCCGCGGCUGCAGCUCACUGCGGCUCCUGCAGCUGCUUCAGCGAGCAAACUAGCAAGAGCCUCGGGCCACCCAGCGAGCCCCGGGCCUCCGUGAAGCACCGGUCCACCUCCACGGCCCUGGACCGUCAGGGGAGCCGGACGAGCACGCCUGCUGGCAGCCGAGCGCAGGAGGACAAGCCUGGGCGCCGCUUUGGCUUCAGCCUCUUCCGCCGCAACCCGGCCAAGAAGGACAGGGCCAAGAAGGAGUUGGCCACCUUCUCCGGGCAGUUCCCCCCCGAGGAGUGGCCGGUGCGGGACGAGGACAACCUGAACAAGCUACCACGCGACCUGGAACAUGCCAUCAUCCGCCGCAUCAACCCUGCGCUGACCGUGCACAACCUGGCCAAGCACACUGUGCUGAUGAAGAAGCUGGAGGAAAUUGGGGAGCACAAGGGCACUUCUACGGAGGGCCCCCAGCCGCAGGCCGCUAAGGCCAGUCGGAGCAGGCGGAGAGGGCGCUCUGCCAUUGGGAAGCAAGGAGACGCCGAGGUAGUGGUGGCGGUGGCAGCCGCAGAUGAGCGGCGCAUGGAGCCUUGUGGAGAUGGCAAGGAUCUGGACAAGAAGCGCAUUGAGAACCCCUUCCAGGGAAGAGAGAGAGCACACAAACAUGGCCACCGGGGUCAGAGGAGAAGGGAUGGCAAAGCCCAGCUGCCCGACAGGGCAAGCCGGGUCAGCCACAGGUCAAAGUCCUGGGAUCCCUGCCACACAGACCCCGGCAGAUCGUCCGCUGUAAUGGAAGACCCCAACGAGGGCCUUUGCUCAAGCCCUGGUGGGGAGUGCAGUCCUGGUUACCCUGACGCCAGCACGCUGAGAAUAGAGGACAAACUGAAGCAGAAUAAAACCAGAAGCAGAGCCUCCCUGGAUGGGAGGCUGGAGGACACUAAACAAGGCAGGACCUCGGAACGCAGGAGCGUGUGCGGCCAGACCGGGGAGAUGGACAUCUCUGUGCCUCAAAGGCCCCGCACUGGCAGGACGCUCCACCAUGGGCCACCAGAGGGCGACACCUGCAGCUCCCUCUACCUGAACGAGGGCUCCAUGACCGACUGCAGUGCAGCAUCUCAGAUGUGCACCGCCCACAGCCAGGCCUCUCACACCGCCCUGGGGGUGGGAAGCGGCACAGCGCCGGGCAGGGGCUUCCCUGGCGAUACUAGGGAAGGUUCUCUCCAGGGCCACUCCAGUGGCCCCAAUGCGGGCCCAUCACCUGAGACCCGGGGUGUAGGUGGGGCCAGGUGGACUUCUCAGGCGUGGACCAUCAGCACAGAAGGUCCCAGCCUGCCACCCAGGGGAGGGUCUAGCAGGACGGGGCUGGACGAUGGACCCCAGGGGCCACCUGAGCCCCACAACAGGCUGUUUGCCAUCAAAGCCCAUCAGAACAGACCAGCAGAGGCAGGGGAGAACCACAGCAGCCCAGGGGACAGUGGCGUUGACUCGCCUAGGACUCAGGUCAGCCUGACGCCCAGUACCUGCGACGCCCUGACGAGCCUGCAGCGGCAGGAAUUCCUGCAGGUCACGCAGCCAAACGCGCAGCAGCCCCGCCCCCAGGGUGCACUAAUGCAGCUCACACCCAUCAUGAAUGUGUGAGGAGGACAGUGGUGUGUCAGUCAGGACACACAGCCAGCUGAUGUACAUGUGUAAAUAGAGCCAGGGGUCCCUGCAUGAACAUUUGUAUAUUUAUGGCAGUCUUGAAUUUUAUAUGCUGAUUUUUGGAAAAAACAUUAGAUUUUUACCCACUUUUGACAGUACUUUCAAUCAAUAAAACCAUAUACCCUC